UUUUGUUCUCCUGCAAGCAGAGUGUGAGCAGCGGCUCACCCUUAUCUGAUAAAUACCUCAGCUCUUCUUCUCGUUAGAGAAAAAGCUGCCGUUCAUCUUCUCCUCUGCUUUGCUGCAGCUGAUCCAUCUGUCACUCAACUACAGCCCGGGCGCCACCAUGAGCUUACGGAAACUCGGUUUCAAAUGGUUUGGCAGCCUGACCAACAUCUCUUUUCGUCGCUCCACUGACAAAUCGGACUCAAAGGCCUCGAAGUCAAAGGCUGGAGAUGAUGGUGAAUGUGCUGCCUCGGGUAAGUUGAGUCCGGUUGUCGAGACAACGCUGGACGAUCUGGGGGCAAUGCGUCCUCGCACUGCCAGCUACGUCCGCUCCAGUGAGGACUACACACAUGUGGGCACGCUUCCUCGGCUGCUGAUGAGAAAGAGGGAUAAAAGCAGCAAAGCAAUCUCCAGCAGCAGUAAAAAGACUAAAGACAAGAGCAGCGUCAGCAGAAGUCAAAGCCAGAGACCAGCAGGAGACAAGAAAGAGGUUUCACAGACACUUAUAGGUUCCUUGUCCAAGACAUCUGAGGUUAAAGCGGAAGUCACUGCUGACACAGGGUUGAAAGAAGUCCCUUCAGCUGAGGGUGCAGAACAUGACCCGGAUGUUACUUCAGCUGAUUCCAAGACGCAGUCUGAACCCGUAGAAGAUCCCACAAUCAACCAAAGCAUCCAGUCUGGAAACAAUACUGCCAGUGAGGAAGUGCUACCAUCUGGUGGUUCAGAUGUAGUACAUCAGUUGGAGGAGAAGAAAGUGUCCAACCCUGAAGAGAUUCCUGUCAGUCAAGAAAGAGAAGAAACUAUUGAAAGUGAUGGAUUAGAGCUAAAGGAGGAUGAACAGGAAGCAAAGAUGGAUGAAGGAGACGACAUUUACUGCCACAUGAAGCCGGCAGAAACCCACGCAGAACAAGUUCAGUUCUCAAAGGAGAAAUACUUGCUGGAGUCUCCGCCAGAGAAACUUCGUAAAGAACUGGAAGAGGAGUUGAAGCUGAGCCCUGCUGACAUCCGGAGCCAUGGCUGGUACCAUGGACACAUCCCCAGAGAGGUCUCUGAGUCUCUGGUUUUGCGAAACGGUGAUUUCCUUGUGCGAGACUCCCUGACCAAUGUCGGCGAUUACGUUCUGACCUGUCGAUGGGACAAUGAGGUGCUCCACUUCAAGAUCAGCAAAGUUCUGGUGAAAUCAAAUGAGACUAAGGUGCAGUACGUGUUGGAGUCAGACAGCUUCGACUCUGUUCAGGAGCUCGUGCGCUUUUACGUGGGCCAACGCAAAGCCGUCUCGCAGUCCAGCGGCGCCCACAUCUACUGUCCCGUCAGCAGGACUCUACCUCUGCGCUACCUGGAGGCGACCUUCGCCCUGUCCAACAGCAAGCACAGCUCCGCCUACUCGCCGUCCAGCCAGAGGGGGGCGUACAUCAAGCGACGGAGCGUCACCAUGACGGACGGGCUGACGACAGAAAAGAUGAUGCCUCACAGCCCAUCAACUAUUCACCACCAUAAAGACGCAAUGCGCAAUUGUGCGAUGAGCAUGGACCAGAUUCAGGAGUACCGCUGCCCCUUGUCGCCUGUCGGGGAAACCCCGCUGUCUCCUGCGUAUAGUGCUGUCACCAGGCAGAGAGCCCACUCCGGCGGACGGGCCCUGGCCGUCGUCCCUCCCUCCCCCGUGAUGCGCCGUUCCAGCGACCCUCAGCUCAGCCCCUUGGACGGCAGCACUCCCGCACAAUAUCCCACGCAAACGUCUCACCCGGUACACUCCUCGCCUGCCCAUCAUUCCGCCUACCAAUCGCAGUCGUCGGAGACGGCUGGAAGUUACUGUGACCUCAGACCCUGCCCCUGCGGGCCGCCCAAGCCCCCAACUAAGAGCUACGUUGAGCGACUGCGAGUUGAAGAACUGAGGAAAGGCGAAGGCAGAGAAGGAGACGGGACAUCUGUUGCCCCGCUGGUGGAGUCGACCUCCUUAUUCAGGCCAUCCAGGUAUGAGUCUAGUCUGCUUCCUGCUGAAAAUAAGCCUCUGGAGAUGUCAGUCCUGAAGAGAGUCAAAGAGCUGCUGGGUGAAGUCGAUGCCAGUACCGCAGCUAAACACAUCACACUUGUCGACUGCAAGGUUGCUAGAAUAUUAGGUGUAACGACAGAGAUGCAAAGGAUGAUGGGAGUGUCCUCAGGGUUGGAGUUACUGACUUUACCACAUGGGCAUCAGCUGAGACUUGACCUGCUGGAGAGGUUCUACACCAUGUCUAUCAUGAUGGCCGUGGACCUCCUCGGCUGUACAGGAAGUACAGAGGAGAGAGCGGCCCUGCUGCAUAAGACCAUCCAGUUAGCAGCAGAACUGAAAAGUAACCUGGGAAACAUGUUUGGUUUUGCGGCUGUGAUGAGAGCCCUGGAGAUGCCACAGAUUUCCCGCCUGGAGCAGACGUGGGUGACUUUACGCCAGAGACAUACAGAGGGCGCUAUACUGUAUGAGAAGAAACUCAAGCCGUUCUUGAAAAACAUGAACGACGGCAAAGAGUCCAGUGUCAUGUCCAGCACCUCCUUCCCCCACGUCCUCCCAGUCCUCUCUCUACUGGAGCGAGGCGCUGCCGUCGGGGAGGUGCUCGAACCCUGGGAAAGCUCCGAGGCCGGCGUGGACGUGGUCAUGCACCACCUAGAGGCCGCACGUACCAUUGCACAUCACGGGGACAUCUACAAAACGACCGCUGAGACCAAGCUGCAGGGACUCCAGGAGCGAGCCGAGAUACACGAGGUCUUCCAGACGGAGUUUCAGAUGCGUCUGCUGUGGGGCAGCCGCGGGUCCGAGGGCAACCAGUCGGAGCGCUACGAGAAGUUCGACAAAGUCCUCACAGCUCUGUCGCACAAACUGGAGCCUCCCGUGCGCCACAGCGAGCUAUAGCAUCAGCCCCGAAACUCCAGAUCGCCAAAACACUCUUGUUGCACUUACCACUCCCGGUGUGGUAUGGUUUUAUUUUGUGUCGGAAGUGGGGGAUGAUGAUGAUGAUGUGAAAGAAGCAGAAAUGAAUGAGGAGGCAGCUAAAAGUGCACGAGGAGAUUUCUUUACUUAGAACAAGUGUGGCACUCACUGUGGAAAUGGAAAAAAAAAACAAAACAAAACAAAAAAAAAAACGCGUGUACCUCCCUGUGGACUAACCUGCUAAAAUAUUUAAGUCUGAGGGAAAAGCUGUUCGAUGGGAACAUGUGUACGGUGGGAACUGGGGGCCAGACGAAGCUGCGAAAUUUGGCAUCGCUCCAGUAAAAGUGAAACUUACGACUGCUGUCACAAACUUCGGCCGAGAUAACCGUAACGUUUUGCAUAGCUCUCGGGAUGUUUAGUCUGCGUGAGUAUGCGUGCGUCGAUAAGCCUGCUCCUCCAUUUUUGUUUCUGUUCUUUUAUUUAUUUGUUUUUUUUAAUAAUAUCAAAACACUGUGGCCACUUCCACAUGAAACUCAUGAAUCUCUCAGUGCUAAUCACGAAGGAACCCUGCUAAUAAGACCUCAUUCAAUAUGGAUCACGCAAUCCCAUCUAGUUCUAUUAAAAAUGUACCAGGCAUGCAUUAAUAAAUGCAGAUUUAAUGCAGCAACUUUAACAUGAAACCUCAGUGUGGACAAAGUGACCUUUCGUCUCAUCUGGCUGCUUAAUAUAUUUGAUAUUGUGGAUUGUGGAUCAUGUACUUUCAAAAAGUAGCCAAAAGCAGCAUCGUGAAGAAGACUACCUGGGAAUGUAUUCAUUUUAAAUUUAAUUAAAGCAAUGUUUCACUUAUUUGGGAGCAUUUAUGAACAUGUUACAGUUUGCAAAGCUUGGCCAAAACAGUCGAUGCACGCUGCUGUAAAUGUUGCACCGAGUUUAAUGUUGCUUUAAUAACAAUCUAAACACGCGUGUCAAAUAUACGAAGCGAUGAAAGGACCCUGCGAUGAUGUACUGUUUAUGAGACUCAUAAGGCAGAGAAAGUACAAGUGUCCGUCUCAGCAAAAUGACAAGUUCAUUUUGUUUUUGUAAUCCAGUUCGAAAAGUGACAGGGUUUGGAUCUAAGUAUGGCAAGGAAAAGUUUAGUGGAAGGAAAAUGUAUAAGGAAAAAGAAGACAAGAUGCAGGGAUAAUUGCAGCCUUUUGGAGUUGGAUGUAAUCUGUGACUGGAGUGAGUCUGUUGCUUCAGAUCAUAGUUUCUCAAUAGGCACACAAUGACAGACAAAGUGUGUCUUGAGAAGGUUGCUGAACAAAACGAUGUGGCCCCACAAACUGCAGCAUUCAUCUGUGUGAGAUGUGGUGUUUUCUCCUAAGGGAAACUUUAUACGCCGCCUUGAUCUUGGUGAUGCAAUUUUCCUGCAGGUGUGCAGUCCGAAUGCACUUAGUGCUUCAGAUACAUACGCCGUUAUAAUAGUCCAUCCUAUGUUGUUAUGGUGGUUAUCAGAUUUUGCUGAUUAACCUUUUUUUCAAACACUGGAUUAUGAUACAAUGUCACUUUUUGAGUUAAAUUACAGAAAUAAAUUCAUCUCAAGAUAACACUGUAUUUUACAGAGAUGCAACUGGGUGUCAUGUUUAAUUUAUGGUUAGCUUGAAUGAUGGCUGUAUGUUUUUCAGUUUAUGUUUCAACAAUAGAGCUAAAAUAAUUGGAAUGACACCUGUUUUACUUUAAAGUAUUUUUGCCGUAAACUGGUCUGAGGAGGCUGUCGACGUCUCUCAGAGCUAUGCAAUCUUUUCAGCUGGGAGCUCUCAAGAUAUUUAAGGAAUUUUAAUUUUCAAAUAGGCAAUUGGAGAUAUCACUUCCGAUAUCAAAUCAGCUUUUUCCCGAAAAUGUUCCAUCUACACCCCCACAGUUGUGUAUUCGAACUUUUCUGUGGAUGUUGGAUCCAAUGAUCUGUUCUGGAGAGUUGGUGCCAUGUGCCACUUCCAACAGGAGAGGGCGCACUUUAGUCAGCAAAAAAUGUAAAAAAAAAAAAAAAAAA